GGAGGAAUCAAACGCCUAGAAUUGCCAAACCGCGUGCCUCUUUGCUCCUUCCAUGCUCUCCUUUUAUAUAAAAAGACAUUUACCCGACGGUUUCUACCCCCAAGAUUUCUCCUCCACCGCCGUCGCCACCGCCAUCGCCACCGCCAUCGCCGGCGAAAUCAUGGCCACCGCGGCCCUCUUAUUCCUCUCCCUAAUCUCCAUUGCUUUCUCUGAGGUUAUCCCCUCCUCCUACUCCGAAGCUCCCAAAUUCCGCAACGCCGACGCUUGCCCCUUUUCCACCGCCGGCGAAUGUGAUCCCUCUCUUGUCCGCAUCGCCAUGACUCUCGACGCGCAUUACCUCCGCGGAUCGAUCGCCGCCGUCCACUCCAUCCUCCGCCAUAGCUCCUGCCCUGAUUCCCUCUUCUUCCACUUCGUUACCUCCGAUUCUGGCGAUUCGGACAAUGAUCUUGCUGUUGCAAUACGCGCCAUAUUUCCAUCGCUCCGAUUCAUCGCCCAUCGAUUCCACGAGGAUCGCGUACUGGGACUCAUCUCCGCUUCGAUCCGGCCAGCCCUCGAAACCCCUCUUAACUACGCCCGCAACUACCUUGCAGAUCUUCUCCCACCUUGCGUCCGCCGCGUAAUCUACCUUGAUUCCGACAUUCUGGUCGUCGACGACAUCCGCCGCCUUUGGGACUCCGCAUCCAUCGCAUUCGACGCGGCCCCACCCGCCGCAGUGGCGGCGCCCUGCCACGCUAAUUUCUCCCGUUACUUCACUACCGCGUUCUGGAAGGGGCCGUGGGGUCGUUCUGCUUUCGAGGGGCGGCGUCGCCGGCCGUGCUACUUCAACACGGGCGUGAUGGUGAUGGAUCUUGAUCGGUGGCGUGCAAAGGGCUAUAGCCGGCGGAUCGAGAGAUGGAUGGAGGUACAUAAGAGGAAUAGGAUAUACGAUUUGGGGUCUUUACCUCCAUUCCUCUUGGUAUUCGCCGGUGAGGUGGAGGGUUUGGAUCAUCGGUGGAACCAGCACGGGCUCGGUGGCGAUAACUUGAAGGAAAGCUGUCGGGUUUUGCAUCCAGGCCCGGUGAGUCUUCUCCAUUGGAGUGGAAAGGGGAAGCCAUGGGAUCGGAUGGACGCCGGAAAACCUUGUCCUAUUGAUCACCUUUGGAAGGUCUACGACUUGUUUUCACCGACGGUCGCCCCAUCUUCUUCUUCCUCUUCCAUUUCGGUUUCUUCUUCAACCACUUCAAGCAUUUCUAUGUAGAUAGGAUUUGAUUCAAUCAUUCAAUUGUCUAGCCGUGGAAUUCGAUAUUGUAUAGAAUUGCAGAGAUUGUUCUGACGGUUGUUUCAUUCUUUGGGAGAAGUCUUCUCUUUUUUUUUUUUUUUUCUUUUUUGAAUCAUUCUUGUCCAAAAUAAUUGGAAAGGUGGGAUUUUUAUGAUUUAUCUAGUUUGCAUUUCAUCAACUCCCAUGAUUUCUUCUAUGAUUUAUAUACAUAUACCA